UCCCUCCGCACCCAACCCAACGGGGGCGAAACGUCCUCCUCCCCCUCCGAUCUCGGGUUUCUUCCUGCUGGGACAAGCCAGCCCCCCCGAAGGCGGAGCAGGUUGGAGGCGGUGCGCAGGGGCCGGCCGGGUGGAGCCGCAGCUGGCGCGGGGACUCCCCGGGCAGACGCUGCAGGCGCACCAAUCGCUGGCUCGGAGGCGGCGGCGGCGGCGGCGGCGGCGGCUGCACCUGGACGGACUGUCAAUGACCUGCCAGGUGGAAGUGCUGUAUUUUGCAAGAAGUGCUGAUUUAGCUGGAGUGCGCAGUGAGACCAUUUCUGUGCCUCAGCAGAUAACAUCGCUGCAGCUGUGGGAUGAAAUUGUGAAGAGACAUUCAAGCCUGGUUGCCCUACGAGAUCAGGUGGUCUUGGCUGUCCGCCAGGAAUACGUACUCCUUGGGGAUCAGCUGCUAGACCUGCACACGGGUGACGAGAUUGCCAUUAUUCCACCCAUCAGUGGUGGUUAACGCUGGGAGG